AUGCAUGCACGGAACUGCACCGGGGGAAAACGGGUCGAAAUCGGCCACUAUCACUGCAUCUCCCGUCCAAUAUAUAAAAACGACAAUGUCGUUGAUGGAUGGCUUACAGUUUGUACGCGAGCUUUCAACUAUUCACAAAACAUGAAGUUCAUUGCGGUUGUGUCGUUGGUGGUGGCGUUUGCAUACGCAAGUGUGAAGGCCGAUGAGGUGGAUGAAGCGAAAGAAAUGCUUCGUGGUUUGGCCUCCGAGUGCAAGGGUAAGGAAGGGGCCAGUGACGACGAUGUGGACGGUUUCGUCAAUGAUGUACCGCCGAAGACGCGUACCGAAAAGUGUCUGGUCGCGUGCAUGCAGGAACAGUUCGGUUUGUCGAACGGGAAGGCAUUCCAGGUGGACGGAUUCAUGGAGCUCUCGAAAGUGUUCAUGAAGGGUGACGACUCGAAGGUGGCGAUUGCGAAAGAGAUUGGAGACGACUGCAAGGACGUGGCGAACGACGAUCGGUGUGAGUUGGCCGUGGACAUUCUUAACUGUCUGAAAGCCUCGGCGGAAAAGCAUGGCAUCGAGCUAAAGCACUGA